AAUCUAUUGACUAGCCAAGUUCUAAACAAAUCCUAGGUUGGAGUAUGUUCUUAGCAUUAGGAUCGUCCCAUGGAGUAUGCAAGUAGAGGGUCCGGCACAGAUCGGGUCCUCACAGGAGGCAGCAAGCAGAUCGAGUCCGGCAUAGGAGGCAACAAGCAGAGGGUCCGGCACAGAUCGGGUCCGGCACAGCAGGCAGCAAGCACAGGAGGCAGCAAGCAGAUCGGGUUCGGCACAGAAGGCGGCAAGCACAGGAGGCAACAAGCAAAGGGUCCGGCACAGAAGGCAGCAAGCACAGGAGGCAACAAGCACAAGGUCCGGCACAGAGGCAGCAAGCAGAUCCAACAACAGACCUGUAGGCUGUAGUAGAUCUGUAGCAGCAAGAACGGGUUGUGGCUGAAACCAGGAGUGAGUGAGGGGUUGUGGGUGGCUGCGUGCGUGAGUGAGGAGAAGAGGGGAAAUGAAUAAAGUUAUGAAAUUAGGGUUGGAAGGGGGAUUAAUUAGGGUUGUGGCCGGUUGGGUUGAAUUAGGAUACUUGGGUUGGAUUGGAUUGGGUUGGGUUUGGUUGGGUUGGGUUGAGUAAAAUUUAAUUUGUAUU